CAAACAUUUAGGUAGUCUGCACAGAAGCUCAACAACGCAUUGCACCACCACUACACCUUCAACCUCAUUUUGCAUAAUUCGAUACCCCUUACAGCCUUUUCAAUACUAUAUACACACAAAAGCAUUCAAAAUGGCACGUCAAUUCUUCAUCGGAGGCAACUUCAAGAUGAACGGCUCCAUCGAGUCCAUCAAGAAGAUUGUCCAGAACCUGAAUGAUGCUAAGCUCGACCCAAACGCUGAGGUCGUCAUUGCUCCUCCCGCUCUCUACCUCCUCCUCACCCGCGAGCACCUCCGCAAGGGUAUCGAGGUCGCUGCCCAGAACGUCUACGACAAGCCCAACGGUGCUUUCACCGGUGAAAUCUCCGCCGAGCAGCUCAAGGACAGCGGCAUCACAUGGACCAUCCUCGGUCACUCUGAGCGCCGUACCAUCCUGCAGGAGGACGACGCUUUCAUUGCCAACAAGACCAAGGCUGCACUUGACGGUGGCAUCAGUGUCAUUCUGUGCUGCGGUGAGAGCCUCGAGCAGAGGGAGGCUGGCACCACCGUCGAUGUUGUCACUAAGCAGCUCAAGGCUGUUGCGGACAAGGUCAAGGACUGGAGCAAGAUUGUCGUUGCCUACGAGCCCAUCUGGGCCAUCGGUACCGGCAAGGUCGCGACCACUGAGCAAGCCCAGGAGGUUCACGCUGCCAUCCGCGAGUGGCUGAAGAAGGAGGUCUCGUCCGAGGCUGCUGAGAAGACCCGUAUCCUGUACGGCGGCAGUGUCAACGAGAAGAACUGCGGCGAGCUUGCCAAGCAGGCCGACAUCGAUGGUUUCCUUGUCGGUGGUGCGUCGCUGAAGCCUGCGUUCGUCGACAUUAUCAACGCCAACUCUGCGUGAAUUCAUGGCAGCGAGGCGAGAUUGUAGUUGGAUAUCAUGAUAUAACGUUACCUGACGAACAAUGAACAAAGCCAAUGAACAAAC